AUGGAGGCAUCAGGCCAUGAACAUAUAACCACCACCAAUAACACUACUGGCAUGGUUUGCCCCAGGAAUACUAGGCUAUUAUUGACACAUGUUCAGAAACACUUGAAAUUAGUAUAUGUUUCAGGAUCUUCUCUCGGAAGGGAUUAUACAUAUAUCCUGAAAAAUAAAGGCAAUAUUGACAGUUCCUGUAAAGAGUCUUUGUUUAAGGAUUUUCAGAAACGAAGUCUCACACCUACUGGGGAUAUUUUAGAUAGGCGAUGGCAGGCGCAUAUUAUACAAGAACUUAUAAAUAAUGAAGCAAUAAUGUGUGAAAGCUCAAAAGGAGGAUUAUCAGUGGAUUUGAAGCCGCGUAAUUCUUUUGUACACGACAUACGAAACAUACGGAUCGUUAUGAUUACACAUAAUAUGGACAUUCUACAACGGUUUUUUCAAAAGCUUAGAUACAUAAAACAGAGGGUUCUAACUACCGGAAUCAGCAUUAUCAUAGGAAAUCAUAGAGAAUUAAGUUUGGCUGUCCAAGUGACUUUAUCAAUGAGAAAUAGAACAUUCAGCACCGAAGUAAAUCGUCACGGAAAAUAUCUCCUGAAUCUCAAAGGGGAAAUGCCGAAAAUCCAUACGGUACUUCAAGGACUAAAAAGACGAAUCUUAGUAAGUAUCGAAAUACUGAAAAUCCGGAAUCAUCAGAAAGCAUUCGGGGGAAUCCGUACAAUAAUCCUCAAGAAAUACCAAGAAGUCAUCAAUUCGGUGUGCGAUCCAAUACGAAACGUGGAGAAUGAAGACAGGGUAGACACAUAUUAUAAACAUUCUCACAUUGGAUGCAUUAAUAGAACGAUAUGUAAUAGGGAAUGUUUCUCAUAUGGCUCCAUAAAUAUCUGUUACAUCAUUAUAAUUUCUUCCGGAUCUUUCUAA